GAAAGUCAUAUCUUAGAAAUUAACAAACAAGAGUAACAUCAUUAUAUCAGAGUCUAUCAAACAUCAAAACAUGGCAAGCAACAGUUACCAGGGACUAGAUGCAGUAGUAUGUCGGACACCAAUGGCUAACCGCAACACAAGUCUACUUAUCCCAGAUCUUGAUUCACCAUUCUCAAUACGCAGAUUGCUUGGUCUUCCUGAAGAAUCAUCACCAGAGGGCGAACCAGCUUACCAGCCACAGACUGACCAGGUGUCACCGAUGAAGUUCCCAUGUGGGUUGCCACAAGAUAAUUCCUGUGUGCUACCACUGAGGAGUUACUAUGAAGCACCGCAAGUCAAUAGCAGCCAGACAACCCAACAGCGACAAGGGACCUACAACAAUCCAUCCCGAGUGCACUAUCAAGGGCUACCAAAAGUGGAUUAUCGACAACAAAGAGGUGUAAUGAAUCAACUAUCGCAUAACCCAGCAUUCUAUGAACUCUCAGCUGCACUAGCUGGUGACAUGACAACAACAAACACCCCAUCGCUGCUCUUUCACAGCAUAGCACCUCAGAUGACAGUGCCUCCCACUCUGAGAGCAUCUAUGUUGGAUUUACGCUUUGGUAUGCUGGAUAUCCAACAUUGUGUCUCGUCCAAUCAGCUUUUGUCAUUCUACCGUCAACAUACGGCAACUAUAGAGCAUGAACGUUACCAAGCACUCACCACAUCUGGUGAUGUGUACUAUCAACAGAGCGUGCAACUACAUUAUGAUAAACAGCGACAUCUACUGAUGGACCGUGUUGAAGAAAGUCUCAAACUUCUCGAGAACUCUACAAGUUGCCAGUCAACAACUUCAACUAAGAUGGCUGUCUAUGAACCACGACACAGUGACGGUCUCUAUGGAUAUACACAACAGACCCUUCAAACCCAGCCGCCUGCCCCAUCAAAGCCAACUACGGGAAAGAUCCAGAAGACUGGUCGAGUCUACCGUCGUCUGAACUUCUCAAAGGACACCACUUGUGUGCUGAUGGACUGGUACCUCAAGAACACUCACAAUCCCUAUCUCAGCUCUACUGAGUGCCGAGCUCUUGCUGUAAAAGCCAAGGUGUCCCCAGCACAAGUGCGUAAGUGGCUGGCUAAUAAACGUAAUAGAGACUGUAAAAGUCAGCGCCUCGAUAUCCCUGUGUCACAGAGAUCACAUACCAGCCAUCCAAUCAGGCAUUUGGACACUAGUAGAGAAUCUGUUAACCUUGACUAGAUCUGGACAAGUAGUGUUUUAAUGCAUUUAAACAAUGUAUGUAUAUAAUAUAAUGAGUGUACUAAAAUGUGUAUAUGAACUAUACAUAUCAACUCUUAUUCUCAGUUAACACUAAUUGUUUAUUUCUGUUGAUCUGAAAAUAAUUUUGAAGAAUUUGUUUUUGUUAUAAAUUUUUUUUAUGAAACUUAAAUAUGUUCAAUACAGCAUAUUACUAUUGUAAAUACAUGUACAUAUUGUAAGUAAUCAAUCUGUAAAUAUAUAAAUGUUGAUAUAUUGAAACUUAUUUUCUGUUUGAAUUAAGAAAACUUGUAGUAAGCAGGGUGACGUAACAUUACAAUAAUCACCUUGUUGUUGAAUAAAUAACAAUCAAACUCAUUGUUUAAAACAUUGACUAA